CGCCAUAAUUUGUGGUUUUUGGUGUUGUUCUGAUAUCUUAUUUAUUUGUUUGUGAUGUAAUAGUUGCGAUGUUUGUAUAUUUAUUAGUGUGAUGCUAAAAUGUUUAAUAUCAGCUGAAGACUUGAAAUCGAAGUUUGCUUCCGAGGUACUUAAAGUUGUUGCGUCUGAUGGAAUGUAUAGAUUAUGGGGAAAAUCGCACUCAAGGUUAUGUGGUUACCAUGACAACACAGAGUUUCAUUCCAGACAUGCAGGCACUGAGUGGAGUGCAACAAAAUUCUCCUGUCCCACAACAGCAACAACAAUCUCCACAAACCAGUAUUAGUCACAGUCAAUCUAAUCAGGCAACACAUACACAGACCGUAUCUAGCUCAUCAUUGGGUGGUUCAGUUUCUCAAGGAAGUCAAACGUCUCAAAAGCAACAUCCCAUUCAAGGUGUUGCAGUUUCUUCAAGCAUCUCAGCUGUGCCCACACAUUCGCCUCCAAUUACUUCACAACAAGAAGCAGCUGAAGCUGCUGUGCAGGCUACUCAAGCUGCUGGUGGAACUCAGUUUAUAACUGUAGCAGUGUCUGAGCACGAUCAACAAGAAGGCCUGCAAACUCAAGCCGUUCAUCCCACAUACGUACAGUAUGUGGAUACUACUGAACCUAAUAUUUAUGCUGGAAGCAAUGGCCAAAUGGCUGGAUACUCAGUGUAUAGCGUGACUGAUGCAUCCGCCAUGUACACACCAGCGACUGCAGGUUAUUAUACUGGUGGAAAUGGAACACCUGUUACCUAUUCCCAGCUCGUGGAUGAAAGUGGUAACUAUAAAGUUCAAGGACAAGUUAUUGAAGCUGAUGGACACCAUAACUUGGCACCUGUCUCAGCUGCUGUUACAUUGACUAACAGGAUAUCUCCGGUGUCUGAUGAUCCAAGAAAAGUGGCUGAAAUUAUUGCUCCUUUCACAAAUGAUGGAUGCGUCAUUCAAACCCUACAGAGCCCCCAUGAUACUUCACAGUUGCAGUUAGCAAAUCAACAAAGUCAAACUCAGUCUCAACCAAGUCACCAUUCUCAGCAUCAAAAUGUUCGAGACAUGGACAUUAUACAUGUUCAGUGGCUGAUAGAUAAUUACGAAACGGCCGAAGGUGUUAGUUUACCCCGAAGCACAUUAUAUAAUCACUAUAUAAAGCACUGUACUGAACACAAGUUGGAUCCUGUGAACGCGGCAUCAUUUGGAAAACUGAUUCGCUCAGUAUUUUUAGGACUUCGAACUAGAAGGUUAGGAACUAGAGGGAAUUCAAAGUACCAUUAUUAUGGUAUUAGAGUUAAACCAAAUUCUCCUCUAAACCAGAUUUCUGAUGACAACUCAGCGAUAAGAUCUACACAGAGUCUGAGCCAAAUCAAAAGUCGUUUCAAGUCAAACUUACCUGCUAAGAGCGAAAGCAACGACGAAAGUAAUGCAUCUAACUCCAAUGGGGUUGCGAGUCAAACUGAUAACCCACCGACUCAACCCAUUCCUGUUCCUCAACACCAACAUCAACAGUACCUCGGUGAUGCUUCUACAGCUAUUCCUAACUUUAUUGAGAUUGAUACUCUCAAUUACUCCUUACCAGAUGGUAUCACUCUUGAAAAUAUAGAGACAUUCAAGCUACUCUAUAGGGAACACUGUGAAAAUUUCUUGGAUGCUGUUGUGAAUCUACAGUUUGCAUUAGUGGAAUCACUUUGGCAGUCUUUCUGGCGGAACUACAACAGUGGUAUAAACCGAAGGGAUCAAGAAAAGCUACUUGGCAAAAGUAAAUUUUUUCAGCUGUGCAAAUUUGAACCUGUUCUCCUGUUUAUGCGAAAGUCUGAUUACCAGUUUUAUCAAAAUCUAGUCGAUGUACUUAUUCCAGAUGUCUUGCGCCCAAUACCCAGUUCUUUGACACAAGCUAUUAGAAAUUUUGCCAAGUGUUUAGAAGCAUGGCUGAUUGCAGCAAUGAAUGGAUGCCCUGAAGAAGCGAUUAAAGUUAAGAUGAGUGCUGUAAGUGCCUUUGCUCAGACUCUGAGACGAUAUACAUCAUUGAACCACCUUGCCCAAGCUGCCAGAGCCGUCCUACAAAAUUCAUCUCAAAUUAAUCAGAUGAUGGCAGAUCUUAACAGAGUGGAUUUCCACAAUGUUCAGGAACAAGCCUCCUGGGUUUGUCAGUGCGAAGAAACUACUGUUCAGCGUUUAGAACAAGAUUUCAAACUGACUUUGCAACAACAGAAUUCUCUUGAACAGUGGGCUCAAUGGUUAGAAGGAGUAGUAGAUAUAGUCUUGCAGCCUUAUGAAGGCAAAACAGAUUUCCCCAAAGCAGCUCGACAAUUUCUAUUGAAAUGGUCUUUUUAUAGUUCUAUGGUAAUCAGGGAUUUGACAUUAAGAAGUGCAGCAAGUUUUGGCUCUUUUCACUUAAUACGGCUUUUAUACGAUGAGUAUAUGUUCUAUCUUAUUGAACAUAGAGUUGCUAAAGCUAUUAAUGAAACUCCUAUAGCUGUUAUGGGAGAGUUCAUUGGGAAAGGAGCAAAAACUAAUUCUUUGAGCACAGAUUUUGUUUUAAACUCAAAGAAUUUAUCUGGUUGCAGCACAAGCAAACUCAUGGAAAAUGGGACUCUCACAGAAUCUAACUGUAGCAUUUCUCAGGAUAUCUAUAGCAACACUACUAUGACUAAUGGACUGAAGGAAAAUAAUACCACUCUUCAAGCUAGUCUUAUCGGUCAACCUCAAGUGCGAUUUUUGAGCUCCGUAGCCGACACGACCGGAAACGGUGAAAGCGUUCAACAACACAACAAAAAGUUAAAAACUGUAUGACCCCCAACUUUCUACCGUGAAAGAGAAUUUCUUUAAUGCCUAAAGGUUUUUGUAAAACCUUGCUGUCAUGUCAAUUCAAAUCAGAAACAAUUUUCAAACAACUUAAACUUUAAAUGUUAUCAUUUCUUUUUUGUUUUUCUUUUUUAUCCAAAAUAAUGAGCUUUGCAUUUAUUGUCAUUUCACUUAAAGGCAUGCGAUACGCGUAAUUUAAAUUUAUUCUAUUAAAAUUGAUAUGUACAAAAAUUGUAUUUGUGUAAGUAGAGUAUUUAGUUGAGUUUAAAAUAUUUACUACUAAACUGAAAUAUGUUUUUUAAUUAUGUGUAGUCAUUUUUAUAUGUUAUGUUUGAGUGCUAUUUUAUUUUAAGCAUCCUUAGUAAUGAAAGCACAUGAAUUCUGUAGCAUAUUGUGUUUUUGUUAUUCUUUUUUUAUUUAUUAAAAACUUUUUAAAAGUUUACACAAAUGAACAAAUAAUUAAUUCAGAAUUAGUUUGUAUUAAAACCCUAAAUAUUUUUGGUAUUAUACUUAACUCAUUAGUAGGGUAAAUUUUGGUAAAAGCACAGAUCAAUAAUAAUACCUAUUAUUGCAUUUUUACUCUUAAUUAUUACUUUUAGGGGAAAAAAUACCAGUGAUUUUGAAAUAAUUUAGAUAAUUAUGCUUGUUAAACUGAUUUUGUAGCUUUAUUUUUAUUUGAUUUUCUGAGUUAUUAGGGCUCUUAUUUAUUUUAGCUUAUGUGAGGUGCAUGAUUAGUGUUUAUUUUGUUACCAGUAGAACAUUACAUUUACGAGUCAUACGAUAACAAAAAUUCAUGCUUUAGUUAUCAUUAAGGUGCGGA